UCCAAGGAAGCCUUUGUAGCUAAUAAUAAUUAGGAUACUCCGAGAUGUUUCCUGGCGCUGGGUACGUGACGGGCCGGCUCCGCGAAGCUGGGAAUGUGACGUACCGCUUGCGGGAGGCUUCGCGGCUCCCGAAGGUGCGGGUCCGGCGGGUAGAUGAAGUCUCGGAACCCUUGCGGGAACCCGGCAUCAUAACCGGCUACAGAAAUGAGAACUGCACUGUUCUCCAGGCCGUUGUUUCACUCUUCAAUGCCACCAAUGAAACGGUCAACUUCUGGACACAUUUCCUGGCGUCCCUCUAUUUCAUCUGGCUCCUCGCGUCUCUCUCCUCUGCGAUGCCGCUCUUUGACGAUCCGUAUUUGUACCCGCUUACCUGCUACUUGUUUACCUCAUGUGGGUAUCCGCUCAUGAGCUGCAUAGCGCAUGCAUUCUCUUGUCUUUCCAUAACGGCCACACACGUGUGCUAUUUUCUGGACUAUGCAGCCCUCUCCGUGUACACUUGGGGCGUCGCAUAUGCCUACUACAGCUACUGCUUAGCGCCACAACUUAUGGACUCGUGGUUCGCUCAGAUCUUCCUUCCUGUAGCGCUGAUGAACGCGGUAUCUGCCACAUUCUGCGCCUGUCUGUCGCGCUUUAUUGUCAACCCAAUCAUCCAGAAGUCAUUGCGGGUGUCAGCCUUCGUGGUGCCGGCCGUGUGGGACCUGACGCCUCUUGCCCUUUGGCUGUACACGUGCGACGCCAGCGCGGAGUCCUGCGGAGAGUCCCGCAUCCACCACAUCAACCAGUACGUGUGUGUCAUCGUUGCCUCCUUCUUCUACGGCUCGCACUUCCCCGAACGCCUUGCACCGGGUCGCUUCGACAUUGUCGGCCACUCGCAUAACCUGCUUCACGUGUUCAGCUUCCUGGCGACCAACGAGCAAAUGCGCGCCGUGCUCAUUGACCUGAAGUUGCGGCGUGGCGUCCUGGAGAACGCAGGCUGGAUUCCCAACCUGAAGCUGCUGACCCUUGUCACGCCCUGUUUAAUAAUCACCAUUAUUAUCCUCGUACUGGUCAUGACACGACUCCUGUCUCGCAAAAUCGCCACCGACACAGCUCCGAAUCCGAACAAAACUUGCCCCUCCGCGGCUGCUGAGACGUCUUCCCCGCCGCCUUGCCACACCAACGGGCACUUUGAGAAUAAAGCUAAGGAAGAGUGACCGAAAGUGGUUCGUAGUCGCCUUGUCUUCGUGACUGAACCUCGUAUCUCCUGCUGAGUGCAGAGUGUAUGUAUCGAAUUAUCUGGGAAUCACAAUCGCCAUCGCAACGUGGAGAAGACACUUACUUUGAAAUCUACGAAGUUGCAGAGGUGUUGCUAUGGUACGCCGGUCAAGUGAUAGGUGUAACUCAAUAUUAAUUUCUGAAUAGUGGGCGUACUCCUUAAUGUUUGGUCUAAAGUGCCUUACAGUGGAUGUAUGGAAAAGAAACGUGAAAUACAUGUGACGAAAAAAAUGUAAAUGUAGUGAGGAUAAUUUUAUCUAUGCACAGCUUUCAUAGUCGCUAAGAGUGAUGUUUUGAAGACCAAACCUAAUUACAAAGGGUAAAAAAAAUUAGCCGAUUACAUCAUAUUUUAUAGUUAAGAAUACCCAUUUAAGAUAACAAAGUCUUUCUUUGAACUUGGUAAUGAUUGAGAGUUAUUGUUAUUUACAUUGCUACUGCCAGGGUUCACCUGUCGGUGUCUUAAAUGCAAACCAUCUCAUUGAUAAAAAAAUACCUGGUAGAGCAUAAAAAGUUUGGGUGCCUUCAUAUCAUUAUUGAUAAUUAAUCAUUUUCAGCAAGAUUCACACUCAUGUCAUCAUAAAUUGCAGCAGUUGAGUAACAUUCCAGACUGCUCACCACAUUCCACAUUCUAUACAUUAUGUAAUAUUUAUGAAAGGGCAACCUCUGACUGACUGAUAGCCAGAGAAGUGCGUCUGCUCUUUUUGGCCAAUACAGUUAGUGUGGCCGAAGAGUUUAUUAUAAGAAAUUCAUAUAAAUUAGCUCGUAAUGAAUUACAUGCACUAAGUAACUGGAAAUAAAUUAACUGUAACUCAGCCCAGAGGGAAAUACUGAACUAAAAUGAAAUCAACUGUACAUAAUAAUUUUUUUAGUUACAGAUAUUACCGAGUGACAUGAGUGCAAUGUUUAUGUAUGUAUGUUUGAGUUACUACAACAGGAAUGUAGAGUUAUUGCCUGGUAGUUUUUUUCGAUCAGUAUAUUAAACGACUGUUGUUGAUUUUCUGAUCACGACAUCCAACGUUAUCCCUGUUGGGUGAUGACCAAGUAUUCUUUAGGCCAUAAAGGUCCUCUGAAAAAAGCGUCCAGUCGAAGAGUUUGUUUAUAUAGGACAUUCCAGGAAAACAGUGAUGAUCUGGUGCCAUAUUUUUUCAGUCGACAGUACAAUAUUGUUUCAGUGACUAAUGAAAAUGAUGGACAGGGAUUAUAAUACUGCGAAGAUGGGUAUCCUCAUAGUCAUUAUGACGAAGCGGCGUCAACCAAGAAAUCACGAUUCCUUCAUUAUCCUUUCAUCAUAGUAGGUCCUAGUCCAACUCCACCAAGAGAGAGAGAACGAGUUAAUGGAACACCUCAGAGGUCGCAAAAGAGUCUUGAAGAAGACCAGUACCCUGCAGCCUGCUUUUUAACGUUGUAAAAGUAAUAUUAUGAGUUUUAGUACAAGGAUGAGAACAUUAUUAUGUUAAAUAUAUAUGAAAUCCCAGUUUACAGUAUGCAGGCUGUGGUUCUAUAAUAUAUGGUACAGUGCUUUACUUGACAAGGUAAUUUUCCUUGUUAUAUUACGCUUAAAAAGAGGAAUAAAUAUCUAACUAUCAAGGUUACAUGUGUUCGUGGCACGAUUGGCAACUAAUGCUUGGAAAUGUAUCAAAGGAAAAUAGUGAUUUUUUCCAUAGCGAAAAUAGAACAGGCUCUACGUCUCUCCAUCUUCUGUCUGCAUUCCAUCAGCAAUUUUAAUGACAAGUCCACAUGAGAAA